AUGUCGGCGCCCUCGAGCGAUGGCCGCCCCUCAGUCUCCUCGGAGCCCUCGGUGGCGUCUUCCCCUACACUCAUUUCACAAAACUCGGGUGCCUACGCAGACAACGGGGAAGGCAGCUCUUCGCCGCGGCAGAGCGUUGGCUUCAGGCCCAAUACGGGCGCGGUGAGCGGCACUCAAAGGGCAGGGUCGGGGAGUCCGCUGUCUGUGGAUUCGAUACAAGAGCAGGACUUCGCCCGUCGCAAGCAGCGCGCACGGCGCUCGGGAGGGUUUCUGCUAGACUCGAGCUUCCCCAGCGGUCCGAGGACACAGCAUCAUGAGACACACGAGAACAGCGGCGGGAAGGAGGUUCGCUCGAGGAAGAGACUAUCUCCCAGUAGCUCACCCCUUUCGCGAGAAGUGCAGGUCUAUGGACAGAGCGCUGCAGAGAGAGGGUCCCACCUUGACUCGGCCGACUCGCAAGAGCAGAACCGUGGCCAACUUCGCGUUGGGAAGACAAACAGGAACACACAUAUGGUGCCGUCUACCGCCCAUGACCGGGACCUGUCACCCACCACACCGCAACGGCAGAUGAUCGAUCCAAAUCAGCUCGUACAUAUGGCUUUGAACCUGAGCGAGAGUCGAAGAAGGAAUAUAAGUACUAGUCAGCUGCUAGCAUCUCAGUCUCGCGCCACUUCAGGUUCGCAACGGGAAGGGGCCCCGUCCAACCAUGGCGCUGGCAGCAGUCUAAAGCACUAUCUCAACGAGCAGCGACGAGCAUCAAGGAACAUCUCCCCGAUGGGCGCCAAAGCCUCGCCUUCUCGCCAUAUGUCUACAUCCAUACCGCGAAGCGGAUCAAUUGCCUUUCAAACUACUCAGUCAAUCAACCCCUCUACUGCUACACUGAUGCGAGUUGGCAAAGCACGCGCAUACAUCGAACUUCAAAUGGAGUAUCUACGACUGCUAGAGUAUCUGCCCCCGCUGAAACCAGACGCCAACGCACCCGGGAACUUCGUAGUGACUUCAAGUAACGUUCCAGGCAGUACGCAAGCGCAGCUCACUCGCAUACCGUCUUACGCUGGCAAGCAGUACGGCCUCGGUCGUCCCUACAACCCGCUACAAUACAUCCGCAACCGAAGAACCAGAGCUCGCGAACGACGAACGCUCGACCACUCUCCUGAAGAGUUCAUCGACAUUGGGCAAGUUCGAGAGUGGGUGGAUCGCAUAGAGCAACAUUCGAGCCACUCUAGCUACCGUCGAGGCGAUGCUGUACAGUUGCCAGAACUACACGCUGAGCAUGCAGUAGAGGGCGCGCCAAGCAAACCAACGAGGUCACAGAAGGGCUGGGUCCUGAGCCCAGAAGAGCUGCUUGCAGAUGUGCACUGGGUCGAGCAAAACGACAAUAAGACGCUAAUCGAGAAUCGGCAUGGUCGCAGGAUCUUCCCACCAAGAGAUGUACAGAAGCAGGACUAUCUUACACCGCGCACAAGCAAAGAAUACUCCGAAAAGCGCAGAAAAAGCUGGGUGGAAGGCUUACCUGGUGUCGCAGCUGAUCCUACGACUGGCGACGAAAGCGAGAAAGGUAGCGAAAGGGGUCGCAAGCGAAGGUUACUCCCAGCAAUUCGCACUGAUAGUCCCAGAGGUGGCAAAUACUCUAGGCGAGGCUCGCGACUACGGACGAAGGACGAUUCUGAUUCCUCUGGUUCGGAUACCGAUCUUGGGAAGCGCAAGCCCCGCCUUGUUGUGGAUGUUGAUCAAAAUACUGGUCCGCUUGCUUUGUUGUUAGAGCAACAAGCAAAAGAGGUCCGAGCGAAGUCGCCGGCUAUUAUUUCGCCUGAUACCCCGGACAAAUGGGGGAGGAAUGACAUAGAGUUGCCUGAAAAUAGCGGUGCACGAGACUCACUGGAGGUACCUCGCCUCGGAAACGGCUUCGCAUAUGUCAAAGACCACGGGAGCUUCAAGAUACCUCCACGAGUUCGUACGCAUACUAAGCUCUCCAUCGACGAUACUGAACCGAGAUCGUCCUUCGAAGACUGGGACAGCACAGCACCGAACACACCACUACAUUCAAAACGCUUCCCUCAUAUUGGAGAUGACCUUUCUCCACCACAGAGCCGAGCAGGCUCCAAGAAUAGGAAAUCUAAGCGUAGCAAGCUGAAUAUAUUUCAUUCACGCGAGACUAGCGAAGACCACAAGCACGAGUUCCGACCAGAAUCGGCUGGUACAGAUAAGCAACAAAGUUCCCGGCAGGCAAGUGAGGAAACGCAAGAUGAAAAGCAUAGAGGAACACUAGCAGCUCCGGGUGCCGUGAGGAGCCUCCUCGGCCAUCGCAAGAACGACAGUGUCAGCAGCUUGCCAAGCCCCGACAAACUGCGCCGCAGAGAAACCCAAGAACCACACUCUGCUGUCUCUCGAUUUUUCAAAGGCGCGAAGCGGGAAGGGACGAAAGUCGGAGAGUUUAUAUUUAGAAGAGACCGACCAGAUGACUCUGAUGGGGAAAUAUCGUCGGGUCGCAAUUCGGUGGAUUUUGGCAUCGACCCUUACACCAAAAUUAGGGCUCCCAUACGGCCGGCGACAUCUCGCACGGUCACGACAGAAAGCGUUGCCUCCAGGAAACACGGCCGCUCUCACCUUGAACUCCCCACUUUCCGCCCAGUCAAUCAAACACACCGUGACGACGAGUUCGGUUCGGAUGUGGAGCAUCACAUCACUCGCCAAACCCGAGAGCGAAAGAACAGCCGUUCACCUCGUUUCAAUAAACUCGCACCACCUCGAAUGGACCUGGGUACCCUCUCUCAAAACUCGUCCACAACAUCGCUCAGCGUCAUCCGCAGUCACAGUCAAGACCGGAUCAAUAAAGUUCUCGAGCGUCCUGGAGCGUUUAGUGUGCCUGGCCUGCCUCCUACAGCGCUUAGGAAUGCUCAAGGGCCUAAUGGCAGACAGCGAAGUAGCUCUCGACCAACGCUUGAUGGCAAGCGGCACUGGAGUAUUGCAGACAAUGGUGAGCAUGCGGUCCAGCGCAAGGCCACCAACAUCGUCGCGCAGGCUGACAUCGCCCGCGUUCGUGCACUCUUCUUAUGCUCUGGUGUUAAAGCCAAAGAGAUCACCCAUCGCGCCUAUUCAUCUAGAUCACCAGCUCCCGCCUUCCUCACCCGUGCUGCAGCCACAGCCAAAACGCAACUCUUCCCCGUUCCAAGGAAGGAAGAACAUGUCUUAGCUGCCCGCAUACUGGUCAAAGACCUCGAGUCUUCCACCAAGGCUCUGCAAAUAUCGCUAGAAAACUUCCGCGACAGUGCUAUUAAGGAGCUCACUACCCAGAUAUUGCAAUUGCAAUCCCGCGUGGACUCUGACCUCAUGCCUCGCAUUUUAGACGGGGGCGACAAAGCGUUGCGCAUUACGAGUGAAGUAUCCGGGCAAGGACCGUUACAAGUAAAGGAAAUCACAGACGAAAUCGACCGCAUGCUGCGGGCACGAAGACGCAGAAUGAGAUGGGCCCGAGGCCUCGGCUGGAUGCUCGUCGAGUGGGCAUUGGUGGCCGUCAUUCACGUCUUGAAGCAAAGCGGCCCUUCUUCUCUAGCAGCGGUCGUUGCAGCCUUCGUCCCAACAGCUGUGAUAGCAAUCCUAUAUAUGAUUGCUUUCAUCUUAGUCAGACGCUACUAUCCCAAGUUUUACUUUCCACGCACGUACAUUGGAACUGUGCCGGAAAAAGAUCGCACGCCAUGUCACAGCCGGUCGUACUGGGAUUGGGUCCACACGAUGAGAAUCAUUCCUGAUAAAUUCAUUCUGUACCAUCAGUCGCUGGAUUCUUACCUUUUUCUCCGGUUCCUUCGGACAUUGAUCUUUAUUUGCGUCGCUGGCGCUGCCAUCACUUGGCCAAUUCUGAUGCCGGUAAAUGCCACGGGUGGAGGAAAAUCAACGGAGCUCAAUCGCAUCUCAAUUGGAAACGUGAAAAAGAAGAACCACCUCUACGCCCAUGCCACAGUUGCUUGGGUGUUCUUCAGUUUCGUCAUGUUCACCGUGGCAAGGGAACGACUUUGGCUUAUUGGUCUACGACAAGCGUGGAAUCUUUCCAAGACGAAUUCGAAGAGGCUAUCGUCGCGCACCGUCCUGUUCCUCUCCGCACCGACAGCAGCUCUUGACGACAGCAAUAUGCAGCGGUUCUUCGGCAAUGACGCGGUCAGAAUAUGGCCCGCUACGAAGGCCGAUAAGCUUCAGUCUUUGGUAUCCGCUAGAAACUCGAAGGUUGAAGAGCUAGAGGCCGCCGAGAUCGCACUCAUUCAGAACGUCAAUAAAGAGAUCAAAAAGACUCAAGGCGGAAACAACGACCGGAAUAUGAAGUACGACAGCCUGCCAAAGCAGAUGAAGAAAUCCCUACGACCAACACAUAGCCUACACACACUACCAGGUGGCAAAAACGUCGACAGCAUCGACUGGUUUCGGGAUCAACUCAAAGGGAAGGAGCGUGAUGUUGAAAAGGCUCGUGAGUCGAAUGAGGGCGCGGAGAGAGCUAGUGGAGCAGCGGCAGUAUUCGUCGAGUUCCGUACGCAAGCCGCAGCGCAACAAGCUUGCCAGCAAAUCGCUUCAUCGGAUAUCUUGUCACUCACGCCACGGUACACUGGAGUUGUGCCAAAUGAAGUAAACUGGACCAACCUCAACUUAACUCCCGCGCGCCGCAUAUCGCAGGGAGGCAUCGCACUUGCCCUCGUCAUCGCCACCAUCAUUUUCUGGUCUAUUCCUGUCUCCCUUGUUGGUAUCAUCUCGAACAUCGAGUACCUUGCUAAGAACUUCAAAUGGCUUCAUUUCCUCAACAAGCUUCCACCCUCCAUUAUGAGUCUUCUGAGCGGCCUAGUGCCUCCUCUACUCCUUAGCGCGUUGAGCAGAUACGUGCCAAAUAUUUUCAGAUAUAUCUUCACCACCUUUGGAGAGCCCACCAAAACCUCGACUGAAUUGAAGGUACUCAAGUGGUACUUCGUUUUUCAGGUCUUGCAAGUCUUUCUCGUCACUACGCUCUCAUCAGGGGCUACAGCUGUGGCGUCUCAGAUCGCCAAGGAUCCGGCUUCUGUUCCUCAACUACUUGCCGAGCGUCUACCACAAGCAUCAAACACGUACCUUACAUACUUCGUCGUUCAGGCACUAACAAACGCCCCGAGCAAUAUUCUGAACUACUCUGAUGUUCUGUCCUUUCUUUUCUUCGACAAGUACUUUGAUAAGACGCCACGUCAGAAGUACAAUAGCUAUGUUACUUUGAGGGGCAUGCCGUGGGGCAAGCUGUUCCCGAAGUAUGUGAAUUUUGUGAUCAUCGCUAUUGCCUACUCUUGCAUCGCACCCCUCGUCCUUGGCUUCGCCGCCAUAGGCCUCGCCAUCUUUUAUGUCAGCUAUCGGUACAUGCUACUCUACACCGUGCAACCCAAAAUCGACACGAAGGGGCACUGUUACACACUCGCCCUUCAACAAAUUCUCACUGGUGUCUACAUUGCCGAGCUCUGCCUCAUUGGCCUUUUUGGCUUGCGCCAAGCUACUGGUCCAUCAAUCAUGGUCGUACUCCUCCUCAUCGCUACUGUAAUCUUCAACUACACCACAAAUCGUUACUUCGCUCCGCUUGAGCAGUUUCUUCCUGCAGACUUGGCUCUCAGUUCCGAGGACGAUGAGCAAGCCCCUCUACUCUCAGCCGCAGAGGAAGGCGAAUCCGAUGCGCUACACAAUGCGGAGUCGAAUAUCAACCGCCUGAGCAGUCGCACACGUGUACCGCCACACCUCGUUUCACCAGUUGCGCACUUCUUGCAGCCGCAUGUUUUUGCGAGCCAUACCGCGAUGAAGGCUUGGCUGUGCGAAGGCGACUUUGAUAUGGACGAUGCGCCGGAGUAUAGCGAGGAAGACGUGAAGAAAGCGUAUCUGAACCCUGCGUAUACGAGCAAAACGCCCGUUAUAUGGUUGGCAAAGGAUGAAGUGGGUGUAAGCCAAAACGAAGCCAAGGAGAAUGAGGAGAAGGGCUUGAAUUGUAGUGAUCAGGGGGCGUGGAUCGAUGAGAAAGGGGAAUUGAAGUGGAGUGUGGAUGACUUUGAGGAGGUGCCGGUGUUCAAAAAGGCGAUACGUUGGUAG